AUGGUAGGAACGCUUACAAUUUCAAGCAGUCUAUACUCCAGCUUCACUUUGAAUAGCACCCACCGCUCCUCACUCAAUUCUUCGCCACUCUCGUCAAUACCCGUUUCGAAUUCGUUUAGAUCAGAACCAUCACGUAACGAUGCCAGGGUCGACAUGAAUUUGUCGAGGGAAUAUGGUGGCUAUACGGUUGCAGUUAGAAGAAGUGGAGGGAGCUUGGGUUAUGUCGGAGCCACGACUCUUGAAUACAGCAUCACCAGCCCCUUUGAAUUCCAUCCCGCACUCCACAUCCUCACCUCCUUCUUCCUAUCCGCGUCUUCCAGUGCCAUUUUGGAAUACCCCCUUUCUUCACAUAACCGAAACCCAUCAGUGCCUCUUUCAGGAUCUUCCUCGACGCAUUGGAGGAUAUAUCUUUAUAUAUGCCAACGCGGACCACGAACGGUUCAUGGCGCCUGGUUGCAUUGGCUUUUCGAUGCUGUCUUGGAAUGUGUUCUGGGCAUAUUAAUUCUUCGCCGAGUUCGUCUGCUCAUGUUUGGCUCGUGUUCGCUACUUCUCGGAGAAAUGAUGGGUGCAUGUACUGAGUGCCUAGGUCCCCUGACUGCGCGUAAAGAGGGAGCUAUGAAUGGCUUGUUUAUAAGUUCCCUGCUGUCGAUUUAUGUCGUUGCUGCUGGAUUUUCCGACAAUUUCAAUCUUGGGUCACCAGCACUCCUAAUUGGGCAAGGCGUGAAGAGGGAUUAUUAA